CAAGAAUUAAAACAAAAGACAAGAGGCAAGUUAUGCGCAUAUUAAUGUCUCACAAUACAAAACAGUCGUCGUUUAUUACGAUUAUUUCCCUUGAGUUCGGAGGUCAAUUAAAUGUCCACAGCAACGAUUUCACCCCAGCGCAUAACGUAUACAUUAUCACGCAGUAUACAUUAUCACAAGACGGUCCUUAAUGAAAACGAGGUUGAACCCGCGGGAACUUUUAGAAAACAUUAGUCAGAUACCUAAAAUUCUUUUCAACUGGAGCUCAGACAAGAAGUGCAAGACGUCUAGGUGUCCUGCUCCCUCGUGGCAUACUUUUACGUAACCCAAACAGCUACUUUGUGAGGGUGGUUGUGAUUAUGUCAUUCCGUGAUGAGUAGAUAAAACUAUAACCUGAAGAGUGGAAAACAACCUCAGAAACAUCCGAACCCCGCCCUUAUCAUGAAAGAAGAUAGCCAGAAACCCAAAGAAAACACCAUGUGCAAGCGUGUGCUUCGGCCUCGCACAGCAGCAUUGACAAAUCCCUCCCAGAAAACCAGUCAUGGCAGAGGAAAGAUGCCUACAGAAAUAUUUCCAGAGAAUCAGCCAACUCUAGAAACCUCAACCAAUAAGCACCGCCUACAGAAGCCAGCAACAGAUGUAAAUGACACUGUUUGGAAGUUGCCAGAAGGGAUGAAAUCACCAAGCAUUCCAGCUGUGAACCCAUUUGGUCUUAGGAGUUGUAACAUGGUACAUAGGCUGUAUCAUGCUUCUUUGAGUAUUUCGCAAGGCAGCAGGCUUAAGCAGGCAGUGGUUCAGCCCUACAUUCAGCAGCUCAGAAACUUCAGGAUACAACACACAACAAGUCCAUUUGACCGGCGGGUGACUGCCUUGGAGUGGCACCCAACGCUGCCAAAGACCCUGGCUGUUGCGUCAAAGAGUGGUGAUUUGAUCAUGUGGAACUACGAGAAUACUGCCAAGUUUAACCUGAGUAAAGGGGUCGGUAAAGGGGGAGCCAUCACCAACAUGACCUUUGACCUGAUGGAUCCAAGCGGUGUCUACACAUCAUCCAAUGAGGGGACAGUAUGCAGGCAUUGCUUGGGCAAAGAUGGCGAUCGGCAUAUUUUUCUUGAUACUCACAGCAUGGAUCGAUGGUACUGCAGCUUGAGUGCCAACUAUGCAAGAAACCUGCUGAUUGCUGGUGAUAACUCUGGGAAUUUGACCCUGAUGGAAAGAAAGAGUGGAAAGCGCCUGUGGACUCGGAGACUUCACAAGAGCAAAGCCACCCACUGUGAAUUCAACAGCCGAUGUGAUUGGCUCCUGGCCACUGCCUCCACUGACAAGAUGGUCAAGAUGUGGGAUGUAAGAAUGAUGUCAGACCGAAAGAGCGCCCUCUAUAUACUUCAUCACAACAGACCUAUCAACUCUGCAUAUUUCAGUCCUGACUGUACAAGAUUACUCACAACUGACCAGUAUGGGGAGUUGAGGAUCUAUGCAGGACCCCUGUGGGACAGAAUGGAACGGUCCAUCUCUCACCCACACCGAUUCUUCCAGCACUUGACUCCUAUCAAGGCAACGUGGCAUCCUCUUUAUGACUUGGUGGUUGUUGGUCGUUACCCAGACGAAAACUUUCCUAGUUACCAGGAAGAGGAAAGCAGGACCAUUGAUGUAUUUGAUGCCAAUUCCGGUGACAUGGUUUGCCAGUUACUGGACCCCAGUGUUUCUGGUAUCAUAUCCUUGAAUAAGUUCAGUGCAUCUGGAGAUAGCCUUGCAUCGGGAAUGGGUUACAGUAUGCUCAUCUGGACGGAUGUGGUGAGACUCCAACAAAUCCAGAGCGAGAAACUGCAGAAAACCCCUCAAGAGAAUGGUUCAGACUCUAGGGUCUCUAGACUGCCCCUCUCUAACCCAGCUCCAAGGAGACGGAGGAGGCGAAGAAGGGACGAGGAUGACGACAUUGGUGCCAUGAAGCAGAGACUGAAAGGGAAGAUGGCCAAGCGAUAGCGAGAGACAGGAAAUAAGGAUCAGCCAAGACCUAGAAACAGACUACUGCGUCUUAUUUUUCUGGCUGAAUGACACAAGGUGCUGUUCUCGGCAAGUCUUUGGAAUAGGCACAAGAUGUUUUGUAUUAAUCUUCAGAAUUUUUUGGAAGGUUUUUUCUUUCUGCCUCCAGUUUGGGAGGUACCUGACUUUAUCCCACAACUUUAAACUUGUUCUUGAGUCUCUCUUCCCUCUUGUGUCCUCCAGCUCCUCUUCUAAGAACUGUGUCAGUAGAUUGACACUCGCAAUCGGGGUACAAGCAUUCAAGUGAGGUUAUGCAUAUGAAUGGUUGGAAUACAAACCAGAAUGAUGACCUAAGUUUCUGUAGGAGAAAUCAAGAGGGAUAUUCAGAAAUGAGUCUGACACAGUUUGUCGACAUAGCAACAAUCAUUAGGUACUUCGAGAAAAGUAGAUAUUUGGUAAGCCAUUGUUGCUGAAACGAUUUGUGCUAUUUCAAUCGUUUCCAAAUCAAGUUCGUGAGUGAUAUCACACUCUUUUUUUGACAACGUUCUGUAUGAAGAAAGUAUUAAUGGAGCAAGGUGUAAAACGUAUUCACUUGUAUCUAAUUAAACAAUAGAAUGAAGUGUACUUAAAGUUUAAAGGAAAGUCUGUCAAGCAUUGAGUAUUGAAGAGAUACUAGGGAAUGUAUUUGCCUCACAGUCUGCAUUUUUCCUAAUUUUCUACAUUUUUCUACCUGUGAGGUUUUGGGUAAAAACAUUCCUAAAAGUUAUAUUUGAAGAAAAAAUGAUAGAGGGUCUUAUUGUAAUUAAACAAAAGAUAAAGUGUCUUGUUCUUCUGGGUUAUUUUGCAAAUGUGGGACCAAAAAGUGUGACCCUUUUGGUGUCCCUGUUACACCUGACCUGUGGAAGUUGACAUGGUACUAUCAUCGUAAUUGACUUACAGCUUCGUGUUUUUCUUUGGCAAGAUAUUUUGCGUUAUUUAAUCACUCUUAGAAAUUAAAGACUGUCUUUUUAAACUUACACAAUCAAUUGUCAGUUGUGACAGGGACACGAAAAUCAUUGGACCCCAGAUAAAUGGAAUGACCCUUCUACAAGUAGUAAUGUUUGUAUUCGUUUGGUUAUCAUCUCUAAAGAGCAACGUUGUGACAAAACAAUACAUGUACCUUACAAAAGUGCCAAAAAUGUAAGGCUCACAAGCCUACAAUGAGGCGUGUGUCCUUUGUGGUUUGUUAAUUUCAAAUACAAAUGCAAAAGUU